AUGGCUGGCGUUUCAGACUCUGCUGGAGAGAAGAUCUCUGCUGUUUUACCUCAAGAUGAUAGGAAAUGGUACCAAAGACCAAACUUGAGAAAGCUCAACUUUCUGAUUAUGAACUUCAUUCUCUAUGCAGCUGCCAUCGGGUACGAUUCUGCACUGACAAAUGCUGUUCAGGCCCUGCCUCAAUGGCAGGAGUUUAUGGAUAAUCCGACUGGAACCUGGCUUGGAUUCAUCAACGCUUGUCCUUUUAUUGGCACAUGUGCAAUUAUCUUCUUUGUUCCUUACUUUUGUGACAGAUUUGGACGGAAAAUUGUCAUUUUUGCUACCUCGUUUUUGAUCUGGGUUGGAGCCAUUGUGGCAGCUUCUGCAAAAAACCAUGUCUCCUACAUUAUGGGAAGAGUCAUGAUUGGAUUCUCAUUUGCUUGUAAUUACGCUGCUUCGUUGUAUAUCAAUGAAAUGGCGUACCCAACGACCAGAGGAAAGUUUUCUGCUGCUUACCACUCAAUGUUUUUCUUUGGGUCUCUGAUGGUGGCCUGGAUCGUUUUUGGUACCAGAUCUCUGCCAAACAGAAACAGUUGGAGAAUUCCACUGGCGCUACAGGCGUUCCUUCCAACGGCUCUUAUGCCCUCCCUGAUCAUGUCUCCUGAAUCUCCUAGAUGGCUGGCCUCUAGAGGAAGAAUCAGCGAAGCAAGAGAAAUUCUAUUGAAGUACCAUGCAAAUUACGAAGAGGAAUACGUUCCUCUUGUUGACUUGGAGAUGGCAGAAAUUGUGGCAGCCAUUGAAGCACAGAAAGCUAACAACGCAGUCACCUGGAAAUCUCUUGUGGCGACUCCAGGAAACAGAAGAAGAAUGUUCAUCGGAUGCUUUACUACCCUGUGUAACGCCUGGUGCGGCCUGGGUAUCGUCUCGUCUUAUCUCUCCACUGUGCUGAAGUCGGUUGGUAUCACCAGUGUUCUGCAACAGACACUGAUCAAUGGUUUCCUACAACUGUGGAACUGGCUCUGCGCAAUUACUGGUGUGCUAUUGGUUGAUAAACUAGGUAGACGGACUUUGUUUCUGAUCUCGAUGAUUGGACUAUUCAUCUUCUAUAUUCCAUUGACUGCGAUCACUGCCGUGUACCAGGAACAGGGAAAGAACAUUGGUCAGGCCAUCAUUGUGUUUAUUUUUCUCUGCUACGGGUUCAACGAUAUUGCGUUCACCCCGCUGGUUACGUCGUACCCUGCAGAGCUCUGGCCUCAGGCUACCAGAUCCAAAGGUAUGUUCUCUGCCAUGUUUGUUCUGAACGCCGCUACGUUCUUCAACAUCUUUGUCAACAGUAUCGCUCUUAACGCGCUCCACUGGAAAUACUACUGUGUUUACCUUGGAGUGCAGGUCGUUAUGAUCAUCGUUAUUUAUUUCACCUUCCCUGAAACCAAGGGCCACUCGCUGGAAGAAAUUGCCCUGAUUUUCGACAAGGACGAGAUUACUCAAAACACGCUCGGAGGUAUCCAGGUUAUCAAGCCUAGCGGAGAGAACGGAAAGAUUGCCGCAGUGGUUUCGGUCACGGAAGUCCCUGCUAGCUCGGAAAAUAUCUCACUAGUCUAA